CUAUAAAAGCGAGCGGCUGCAGAGACGCGGAGCAGACGCCAGCGGACGAAGCUGCUCUCAGUUACACUCAGGACGGUCGAGCUGCUUCAUAUCGAGGGCAAGGAUGGGACUGCACAGCGUGGAGGAACUGGUGACCAGUAAGAGGUCAGAGGUCACGAAGCCGGAUGAGUUCCGCGGGGGCGUGUACGAGGCGGCCGUGGGUCAGGAGAAGCGGGACGACUGCGGGUCGCAGGCGGAGCCGGUGGAGGAGCAGGAGGAAGUGAGCGUGGCCGCGCUCAACAUGGAUAAAAGCGGCAGGUUGAAGCUGGAGACCGUCAACGACCUGUUCAACAUCCUGCAGCUGAGGAAGAGGAGGAGGGAGAAGAAGGCUCCCAUGCAGAAGAAACAGCAGCCGGAGCCUGAGACGCCACCAGAGACGGUGGACGAGCAGCUGUUCCUGACGGCAGUGAUGGAGAACAAGCUGCCGGUGGUGGAGAAGUUCCUGCAGGAUGGAGGAAACCCCGACGCAGCGGACAACUUCCAGAGAACAGCUCUGCACAAAGCCUCGUUCAAAGGUCACGUGGAGGUCAUGAGAAGACUCCUGGAGGCUGGAGCUGAGCUGGAGAGAAGGGACAAGCUGGAGGCCACCGCCGUCCACUGGGCCUGCAGAGGAGGAAGCCUGCCUGCGCUCCAGCUCCUCCUGGACCAGGGGGCAAAGGUCGCCUCCAGAGACAAGCUGCACAGCAGUCCUCUGCACGUCGCUGUGAGGACGGGACACUGCGAGUGCGCCGAGCACCUGAUCCACUGCGGAGCCGACGUCAACGCCAGAGACAGAGACGGAGACGCGCCGAUGCACGACGCCGUGAGGAUAAACCGCUUCAAGAUGAUCAAGCUGCUGAUGAUGUACGGGGCCAGUCUCAGCUCCAGGAACGCCGAUGGAAAAACUCCGCUGGAGACGCUGUAUUCAUGGCAGAACGGAGCCAAGAGCCUCCUGUGCGACUUCAGCGAGGAGCCGGUGCCCUAGAGCCGGGGCUCAGCAGGUGGUCUGGGCUCCUCGGCCCUGUGCCACUUCCCUGGAUGAGCUCAGGCUCAGCUGCAGCGCUUGGAUGCUGGGCCACGUCCGUUCACUCACCGCCUUCUGGUUCAGGAGCAUUCGUCAAUGAUGCCAAAUAUUGCUGGACAAUGUCUCAACUGGCAACAAAUACUUUGCGCCUCGUACACACCCCCGCCUUUCUACUUUAAGCUGAGUUAAAGUCAGCAAAUUUGCAUCGAGAUGAUGAUUUAUUUUUGGUUAAUGACAACUGUCAAAAGUUGCUUUAUUGCUUUUCUAUGAUUUAUGUUAUUAAUAUUGAUUUACACUACUUACUUCACUGUCUGUCUAUAGAUACGAUGUAGUUACUGUUAAAACGACUCCAGAUCAGGACGACGAGUUAGAAAAGCAGGUGGAGAAUGUGUUUUUUUUUGUGAGUUUAAAGUCAGAGAAGGUUGAGACGAACCUCAGUUUUGCUUACGUUGAGUCAACUUGGCUCCAACAGACACUUAAACUACAUUUAAUAGUUUACAUUUAUUAACAGUCUGUAAUUUAGCUGACUAGUUGUAUUUGUUUAUUUAAAAAGGCAAACCUUUAAAUGCUGGAUUCCUCCAUUUUUUUACUGGAGCUUAAAUCGAGGUCGAGGUCAGGGUCAGUUCUGGUUCCAGCUCUGGCUCCAGUUUUGGCUCCAGCUCUGGCUCCAGUUUUGGCUCCAGUUUUGGUUCCAGCUCUGGUUCCAGCUCUGGCUCCAGUUUUGGCUCCAGCUCUGGUUCCAGCUCUGGUUCCAGUUCUGGCUCCAGCUCUGGCUCCAGCUCUGGCUCCAGUUUUGGCUCCAGUUUUGGCUCCAGCUCUGGUUCCAGCUCUGGCUCCAGUUUUGGCUCCAGCUCUGGUUCCAGCUCUGGCUUCAGUUUUGGCUCCAGCUCUGGCUCCAGCUCUGGCUCCAGUUUUGGCUCCAGUUUUGGCUCCAGCUCUGGUUCCAGCUCUGGCUUCAGUUUUGGCUCCAGCUCUGGCUCCAGCUCUGGCUCCAGUUUUGGCUCCAGCUCUGGUUCCAGCUCUGGUUCCAGUUCUGUCUCCAGUUCUGGCUCCAGCUCUGGUUCCAGCUCUGGCUCCAGUUUUGGCUCCAGCUCUGGUUCCAGCUCUGGUUCCAGUUCUGGCUCCAGCUCUGGCUCCAGCUCUGGCUCCAGUUUUGGCUCCAGUUUUGGCUCCAGCUCUGGUUCCAGCUCUGGCUCCAGUUUUGGCUCCAGCUCUGGUUCCAGCUCUGGCUCCAGUUUUGGCUCCAGCUCUGGCUCCAGCUCUGGCUCCAGUUUUGGCUCCAGCUCUGGUUCCAGCUCUGGUUCCAGUUCUGUCUCCAGUUCUGGCUCCAGCUCUGGUUCCAGCUCUGGUUCCAGUUCUGUCUCCAGUUUUGGCUCCAUCUCCGUUCUUGUUUGUUUUGCUGUAUUGAAGCAGAUUCAGGAUCGUCGCUGUGUCUUUGGUGUGAGAUGAAAGGAGCUGCUGUCACAGAUGGUUCAGAGGAAGUGUGAUGAGAGUUUAUAUGGAUGAGUCGAUUCAUUUCUUAGUCAUAAUGUUGUAUGUAAAUACUGCUGUUUUAAUAAAAAAGACUUUAAAAUC